UAAUUCGUGUCAAGUAUAUGUAAUUGUAAUUCCCCAAUAUCUUCCAAAUGCUGUCAUAUAUCGCAUCCAAAAUGUGUAUAUAGUAGUAAAAUACAUCUCUUAUUGUUAAAAAUAUGUAGUUUUUUUUUUUGGUUAAUAAAAUAUGUAGUUAUUUAACACUCUGUUCGUCCCAAUAAAAGUCUUACUUAAAAAAAAAAAAACUAUCCCAAAAAGAGGGUAUCUUUCUAUAUUUAGUAAAAUUUUCAUUUCCAACAUGCUACGCUGACAAGUUUAAGACCACAAGAUUUAAAAGACUAUAUACAUCUUUAAUUUAAAACCACACUAUUCAAAAGUUUAUGUUUGUUUCUUAAACUCCGUGUCCAAUCAAACUAAGACACUUAAUUUGGGAUGGAGGGAGUAGUUAAUUACUAGUCCUUCCGUCUCAAUUUAAGUGACUUGCUUUUCUUUUUGGUUUGUCUAAAAAAGAGUAUGUCUUUCUAUAUUUAAUAAGUUUUCUAAUUUCAAUAUUGUACCUGACAAGUUUAAAACCACAAGAUUUAUUCUUUAAAUUUUAUACACAACUUUAACUUAAGACUAUAAAAUUAAAAAGUCUCCAUUUAUUUUUUAAAUUUCGUGUCCAGUCACACUAAGACACUUAAAUUGAGACUAAGGGAAUAAAUUAAUAUUUCUUUCUGUCCCAAUUUAAAUUGAGACACACUAAGACACGUGUCCAGUUGCUUGACUUUCUCAGAAGAUGAAGACUUACUCAAGGGAAAUGCCGCCAUCAGGCAUAACAUCUACCAUACCUUCUACAUCGGCCUUUUCUGCAAGUUGUACUCCUGCUAAUGAAGACAGGACUAAAGCAGGCAUCCAAGUUCCCGCUGAUGAUACACCAAUCUCCACCUUGCCCUCCACUUCUGACAAAGAAGGCGAAAAAUACAAACUUUCCCCAUCAUUAGCUAAUACCAGAAGCAAGACAUCUGAUGUUAUUGAGCCACCUGACUGUCCUGUGAAAUUUGAUAAUCUAGAAGAGUUCUUUGCGCGAGUUAGUGGACAAAUUAAACGAGCUCAAUCUCUCGGCUCUUCUGCUGAUCAAUCUUCUCCCAUAGAUGACAAGAUAUCUGCCACGCAAAAGUCUACACCGUCAGCAGAAAUGCUUGCCACAGCAAAAGGUGAUAUUGAGAGAUUACUAAUCAUGCCUUCUCAAGACUUGCUUCUGCCCGGAACUAUUCAGCAUUAAGUGCAGCACUAUCAGUAUAUGCUGCAACACCGGAUUUAUCAGCUGAAAGAGCUCUGGUUUUGGAGAAACUCAAUGAGAACCUUCUGCACCUUUCCUUGACCUUGAGUAGUGCUAAGAAGGUCCAAGAGGAGUAUUAUCAGAAGGCUGCCAAGAAAGUGCUCCUCAUCGACGAGCUCACAAAGGAUCAAGAACUCUAUACUAAUCUCAAAGAUGGCAACGAAUAACUUGAAUACCAAAUCAGCAAGUUGGAGGCAAGCUUGAAGGAUGCAAAGACAAAAAGAGAAGCAAUCCAAGAGCAAAAAUUGAAUUUGGCUAAGAGGUGCUUUGAAAAGUCUAAUGCUCUUGAUGAAAUAGAAGCUGAAUUUCCUGUCCUGAAGGAGAUGAAGGCUCUAGCUGAUUCUGAUUUUGCCCGAUUGGAAGAAAGCUUGAGAGUCUUCAAGAGUAAGAUAAUGGAGUGAUCGCUAAUGAAGUGAUCGCUUGCAUAAACCGCUCUUCAUGUAAGUUUGCUGGCUUGUAAGAGCAUGUAAAUAUUUUUGGCUAUGUUUUAACUCUCUCUCUUUUGAAUGGCAUACCUAAGUAUUGCCAAGUUAGUC